AUGGCAAGCACGGCCACUGCCUGCAACCCCAUGACGGAUCCCAUCUGCUUGGUAACCAACCCUGCCCUUUCAACCGACCUUUCAGGCUACUCUUCCAAGCACUAUCGCACCUCCGGCAACGUCGAGGUGUUGAGUCCGUUCCACCUCGAUAUGAGUCUUAGGCAACGAUUCGAUAACCCGAUGAUCGAGAGCAAGUUUAGCAUUCUCUACGGACGGGUGGAGUGUGAGAUCCAGGCAGCGGGCGGUACCGGCAUCAUCUCCUCGUUCUACUUGCAGUCGGAUGACUUGGACGAAAUCGAUAUCGCUGAGAUUUUUGGGGGAAAUCCCUAUGAGUUCCAGUCCAAUUUCUUCAUUAAGGGCAACACGUCGACGUGGGACCGUGGAGGAUACCACGCGGUUCCCAACCCAUUGCAGACGUUCAAUCGGUACGCGGUAGAGUGGACUCCUAGUCGCAUCUCGUGGUUUGUGAACGGAUACACCUACCGAGUACUUGAUGCCACAAACCCAUACGGGAUCCCCAGCUCCCCCAUGCAAGUGAAGUUGAGUCUUUGGGCCGGAGGUGAUCCCCUGAACCCACUGGGCACGAUUCUUUGGGCUGGUGGGGUGUCUGACUAUGUGGGAAUGCCUUAUACUAUGAGGGUCCGGAAUCUUCAAGUGACAGAUUACUCGACCGGGACGUUCUACACGUACGGGUUCAGGGAAAACAAGUGGGAGUCACCAAGUAGUGUGGCCGGAGAGAUCGGUGGACGGGUAGGAGGGUAUAAUAUUGAAGCACUGGCGUAUUUGCAGCCAGAAAUGGGGUACGAGUCAGACCUGGUGUACCAGGGGCACGAAUCAGAUCCAGUCAUCCAGGGGCACGAAUCAGACCCAGUCAUCCAGGGGCACGAGGCAGACCCAGUGGAGUCAGGGCUAGGAGAGCGACUUGUAGAUGGGUUGGGGCCAUUUCUGUGGAUGUUCACGGUGUUUGUGUUUGAGGUUGUGUUUGUGCUCGUGUGGAUGUGA